AUAUAAAGGCUUUUCAAAGCGCUCAGAGACAGAAGCAACUCACUGUAAAGUUGAAUUUUUUUAAACUUUUAAAGAAAAACCACAACUACCGGAUACACGCAAGAAGAUUAAAGGACCAGCUUUUGACAGUCUUAAAACUUUUUUUAAACUUUUUUUUUCUCAACAAGCUAACCGGAACAAAGGACUCGCUGCUUCAAAGACUACUUUAGGAAACAGCCUUUUUCGACAAGAAGCUAAACUGUUUCCCCGCCGAAAAAGCUUUAUGUAUUUGGAUUUACCAUUUCUAUCCCGCCGUCCUACUAUGGUCAUAAUGGAGGUCCCCACCAUCGACUGUGCGUCCCUCCGUGGUCUGUUGGAGGGCGACGUCCCGGGCAGCCUGGUGCUGGACUGCCGCUCCUUCCUCUCCUUCAACUCGUCUCACAUAUCGGGCUCCACUAACGUACGCUUCAGCACCAUAGUACGCAGGAGAGCCAGGGGAGGUCUAGGUCUUGAACACAUUGUCCCCAACGAGGACACCAGGAACCGGCUCCUGUCCGGGGACUACCAGUCUGUUGUGCUGCUUGACGACCGCAGUUCGGACUUAAGCCAGGCGAAGAAAGACGGGACAUUGAUGCUUGCUGUUACGGCCCUGUGCCGCGACCCCUGCGGAGCCAGGGUUUUUAUUCUUAAAGGAGGUUUUGACACAUUUUCUUCAGAGUAUCCAGAGAUGUGUACCAAGCCUUCCCCUCCACAAGGCCUUAGUUUGCCCCUGAGCUCCAGCCAUCCUGAGAGUGCAGACCCAAGCUGCAGCCCAUGCAAUACGCCUCUCUAUGACCAGGGGGGUCCUGUGGAGAUCUUGCCUUUCCUGUACCUUGGCAGUGCUUACCAUGCAUCAAGAAAAGACAUGUUGGACAUGCUGGGGAUCACCGCUCUCAUCAAUGUCUCUGCCAACUGCCCCAACCACUUUGUGGACUCCUUCGUCUACAAGAGCAUCCCUGUCGAGGACAACCACAAAGCAGACAUCAGCUCCUGGUUCAACGAGGCAAUCGAGUUUAUUGACUCAGUGAGGAAUAAAGGAGGCCGUGUGUUUGUUCACUGUCAAGCAGGCAUCUCCCGCUCUGCCACCAUUUGCCUUGCGUACCUCAUGCGGACCAACCGUGUGAAGCUGGACGAGGCCUUCGAGUUUGUCAAGCAGCGUCGCAGCAUCAUCUCCCCCAACUUCAGUUUCAUGGGUCAGCUCCUCCAGUUCGAGUCCCAGGUCCUGGCCACGUCUACCUGCUCCUCAGAGGCGGGCAGUCCGGCCAUCGGCAACAACAGCACAGUCUUCAAUUUCCCAGUGUCCAUCCCUGUACACACCUCAGCUGGUCAGCUCUCAUUCCUCCACAGCCCCAUCACCACCUCUCCCAGCUGCUGAGGAAGGCGGGAGCACAGACUUUGUUUGGACUUGAACUCACAAGUGACUCUGCACAAAACAAGCUCCGGAUUAUAAUCCAUUUUAUAGUGAUACUGGUAUCACUGGACAAAAUGGUAACUAGUAUUUUGGGUCAGCUCUGUGAUCUGUUGGCCUCAUCAUUUCAAAGGGAGAUCAGAACUACCACCAGAUAGUAUUCAUGUUGUGCCUACUAAAUGUGACAGUCAUCCAGUUUUAAUCUAAAAUGACUUGAGAAAUGGCUGAAAAGGUAGUUGAGAUUAUUCCUGUAGAGGAAGUUAGAAGCAUCUGAAUAUUCUUUAUUCAAAUGACUGAAUUUUUUUGUUUUGUUGUUCAUGAAGGCAACUGCUUUUGAUAAUCGUAAUCAUUUUUUAACAUGGAGAGGGCUAACAGUUGUCUCAGGAAUCCUCUCAGAUGUCCACUUUGCUUUCCGUACUGGAUAAAGAAAGCAAUGUAAACACAUUGCCCAAAAUGACAAUGGAAGUUACUCCUUCAAUUGACGAACAAUGAAUGUAUCUCCCCCUCUCUAGAUGGCAGGAAUCUUAAUGUUCAGUUUGAGAGUUCAAUGGGUUGCCAAUUCAAAUGCAAAAACCUGCCUUUCAAGACAUCAUGAUACCUUGACGAUCCUGACACAUUGGGGAAAUGGACCAUUAAAUACCUCAUGUUUCUGUACUGUGUACUGCAGCGCUGAGACGGACACAACCCCAAAACUACUAAAACGGGGACACGUAGUCCUCAGUGGCUGCAUUCUGACAUAUUUAUUGAACUAAAGUAAUAUAUUUCUUUAUCAUAUCUAUUUUUGCAUUGUUUGUUUAAAUGUUGUUUUUAUACCGUUUAAUAAAGCUCAUUUGACUUUUUUA